AUGAGUUCAGUUCACUCAUGUACCAAAGCACUUGCAAGCUUGCAACGGCCUCGCCAGUUGCAACACGCAUGGCGAUUACAAAGUAACAUGGCAAACAAUACUUUCUCAACGUCAUCGAUAAUGGCAGGCAAUCGAGCUAUCGUCUACAAUACCAAUGGUGACCCAGCUCGCGUCCUAUCUGCAUUCUCCUUCCCCGAACUGCCGCCCCCGCCGCCAGAUACUGUAAACAUAAGGUUUUUGCUUGCACCCAUCAAUCCCGCAGACAUAAACGUUAUUGAGGGUGUUUACCCCAUGAAACCAGAGCCUGAUGUUUUCCUCUCCCAGGCCAAGGAUCACCCACUAUUCGUGGGGGGAAAUGAGGGCCUGGGCAAAGUGAUAGAUGUCGGUGAGGGUGUUGUCGGCCUGCAGAAGGAUGACUGGGUUGUUAUGACCAAAGCUCAGAGCGGAACAUGGUCGUCAGCGAAGAAUGUUGCCUUGUCGGAUGUCCUAAAGGUUCCCAAGCAAGAUCUGUCUGAGGCACAAGCUGCUACGAUUACCGUCAACCCGCCAACAGCUUACAACAUGCUGCAUGACUUUGCUCAACUUGUAAAAGGAGAUUGGAUCGUGCAAAAUGGUGCGAACAGUGCCGUUGGCCAAGCCGUGAUUCAAAUCGCAGCUGCCAAGGGAUACAAGACUAUCAACUUCAUUCGUGACCGGUAUGGCGUUGAACUGCUGAAACAACAUCUGAAACUACUGGGUGCAACGCACGUUGUGGCAUAUGACGAACUCACCGAGAAGUCCUUGAGAGCGAAGGUCAAAACGUGGACCGGAGGCAAGGAUAUCCGCCUUGGUCUCAACUGCGUUAGCGGCAAUACGACUACCCUCAUGGCUCGCCUACUUGGGAACAAUGCGCAUCUUGUUUCAUACGGGGCGAUGUCCAAGGAACCUCUUUCACUUCCAACGUCGCUCUUUAUUUUCAAGAACCUUGCUUGCCAUGGUUUUUGGCAAAGCCGUUGGUAUAGUGAUAAAUCCUUAGAAAAACGACAGGAACUGCUCAAGACGUUGACUGCACUCAUGCGAGAGGGGAAGCUUCAGGGCCCUGACUAUGAAGUUUUGACGAUUGGCGGGACGGAGAGUGACGACAGUGCGUCUGCCAAGAUUCGUGACCUUGCAGCACGCUUAGGUCAAGGGAUGUAUGGGAAGAAAGUACUUUUGAAGGUCGAAGAAACUGUGACAUGA